AUGGAGGCAAACACCAAAGAUUCUUCACUUUGCACCGUCUGCGACAAGCACGAUGCCCGUUUGUGCGGACGGUGCAAGAGUGUACGUUACUGCUCAGCAGAAUGCCAAAAGGAGGAUUGGCCCACCCACAAACUCCCGUGCAAGGCUUUUUCCAAUUUCGACGUAUCUACUAGGGAGACCAGCGAGCACUUCCGGGUCCUUUUCUUUCCAGUCAAUGAGAAGCCCAAGUUCAUAUGGCUUGAGGGCAAAUGGGUCGAUGGCUAUCAAUAUCUGGAAAUUGGCUCACUUCCAGGAAUAAAGGGUUUCCUAGACGAGGCCACCAUUCAGUACAGUUCUCGGCUGGGACGCAAACUCGAUGAUUCAAUCUACAUUAUCGCCCGCGACGAAUUCCGUAUCGAUGGAUCAUUGCCCAACAAGGGCGUCGCAGCCAUCACUUCCACCAAGCCUGGGCGACACUACGACUGGCGAGGGCCGUUCAUUGCCUUUGGAAAGUGCAGGCGCGGCUUGAGGGCACGCAAAUGCAGAGACAUCGACAUGCAAGACUUCCGGCACGUUGUCGACUUUUUCCUCUCAUAUGGAAGUCCGAGUCCGUCGUGGUUGAGACGUGAUGAUUAA